UUCUCGUUCUCUCCACAUUACCACUCAAGAUGGGCAAGAAGGACAUGAUUGCCGUUCAGCCACGCUCUGUAGCAGUCUGCAUAGCCUACACCUCUUCCACUCCCCCUUCGAUCUGCCUCGUCUCCUCUCGCAAGCAUGACUCACGCUGGGUCCUCCCAAAAGGCGGCAUCGAGUCGUCCGACGCAGACGAAGGGACAGCAGCGCUGCGCGAAUUGUGGGAAGAGGCCGGGCUACAAGCGCAGGAUGGUCGAUCGACCUGGGUUGGACGCGGGCAUGCUGAUGUGGUCGGGGACAUGAAGGGGCACAAACACUCUCCUUCGAAAGAUCCGAAAGCCCCGACAUUCGUACCUCGAGCUGUCUACACGCCGGUUGCCGUGCUGGUCGACCCGGGGUUGGACGCCAAGGACGAAUGGCCUGAGGCGCACGAGCGAGAGCGCGACUUCGUGCCUGUUGAGGAGGCGUUGCAGCGCAUCGAGUGGCGAGAGGAUAUCCAUGAGCUAUUGAGACGAUGGUGGGAAAAGAGGCGACAAGACGAGUCGGCUUAGCUUUGCGUGGACGAUACACUGU